CACACGCCGUCGGAAGCUAACGUGCGAAACGUCAUCGGCUGAUAGAUGACAAAGUAAGUCUUCGCGCUACACGGCACGAUAAUGGAUCUCGCGAAUCGAUGUCGCGACAUAUACAAACGCGUGUUCACGUCUAUUAUUAGCUAGGCAGAAGAGAGCCUCGGUGGUAUAGGUACUUGCCGCGUAUCCAAUUUUAAUGACUCGGGUAAAGUGGAAGAGACCAUCGUUUAUCGUAAUUCCUCAAUCUCCCAGCCUUACGCCUUCGCUAAGCCUAAAAUGGAAAUUCGAUUCGAAGCCGAGGUUCUUUGAAGCUAUAAGUGAGAAGUUUAGUCUUAGCUCUUCAGAGCUCGACUCGUGAGAGGCGCAUUUGAUUGCUAAGUACUGUCAGCGCCUAGAUGGAACCGCUGAGAGAAUCCAUGCGUGACGAUUAUUGCCAACCCCUCCCCCUGUGGAUCCGCGAUUUAAUGGACUGGAUGCCAGUGCCACCUCAUUUCACCCUAUCCCGCCCUACCAUCAGUGCUGCUGCAAUCUUUUUAUGCUAUAUGGGCUGUACAGUAUGUAUCGAUACAAUCGUUGCAAAAUGUCCGAUUGAGAUUGAUUCACGAGGCGAAGUAGCCGCACUGGCGAGAUCGUGGAAGGGAAAUUUCUGGCGAGAUAUACAUACAUGCCAGUAGAAUUACAGUCCGCACGAAAUAACCUCACGCUCAAGAAACUUGUAACGCCCACAGUGCUUACGCUUAUACAAAUGAAUAUACUCCAGAAACAGUUUAAAUUGUCGAAUAUGAAUCGGCACUGGAUUAUUGGUUAUUUACUAGUAGUAUGUGCACAUCUAUCGCAUCAGAGAUCAACACUAGACGCAACAACGUACGUAGCGGCUGUAGUAGAGUAUCCCUCAAAAUAUUUAACUAACAUCAGUGAAACUUUGAAAGUAAAUUCCGAUGCGUAUGUCAGACUUAUUACAAAAGCAGGUCAUCUUUAUAAAGCUGAUAUAAUUGUUUUCCCUGAAGAUGGUUUGACCUCAACGCAUUUGCCAGAGAGAGAAGAAAUGGAAGAUUGGACAACUAUUAUACCUAGUGCCUCGGACAAUUAUACACCUUGUACUCAAAAUACUGUUGAAGUCAGCGAGGCAUUGAAAAAAAUAUCAUGUGCUGCAAGCGACAAUGAAAUCUAUGUAGUAAUCAAUAUCGCUGAGAAAGCAGCUUGCAAUUCCACACCUUGUCCAAAGGACAAAAUAUUCUAUUACAACAGUAAUGUUGUAUUCGAUCGCACAGGAAAGAUUAUUGCCAGGUAUCGUAAAGUGAAUCUUUUUGCAACGGAACCCCAAUUUAAUGUGACACCAAUACCAGAAGUAGUGACUUUCGAUACUGACUUUGGAGUGAAAUUCGGAACUUUUAUAUGCUUUGAUAUUUUAUUUCGUGAACCUGCAUUGCAAUUGACAAGAGAACAUAAAGUUACUGACAUUGUAUAUCCUACAGCAUGGUAUUCUGAGGCACCAUUCUUAACAGCUGUGCAAACGCAAGCUGGAUGGUCAUUUGCUGAAGAUGUAAACCUCUUAGCUUCGGGCUAUAACAGACCUGACGUUGGCAAUGUUGGUAGUGGAAUUUACUUAGGUCGUAAAGGAGACGGUAUAGCAAUAAUGCCUAAUACUAUACACGAAGAAAUAUUGAUAUUUAAUGUACCCAAAAUAAAAAAGAAAAGUAGAUAUGAAAAAAAUCGCAGUCAUUCAAAAAAGGAUGAACUGAAAGCUGAGUCAUAUCACAAUGGAAAGGAGUAUAUACACGAAGAAUUACGUAAAAAGCAGAAAAACAAUAUAACAUAUAACGAUAAAAUAUUCCUGUUACACGAAGAUAUUUACGCUUUUGAAACAGUUUCUUUGAAAGAAAGAAGUUUCACUGGAAUCAUACAAACUGUCUGCCAAAAUGAUUUCUGCUGCGAGUUUACAGUAGAAAUUACGAAAGUAGAUCCAAAUACAAAAUAUCGUUUAGUAGUUUUUAAUGGUAUUCGUCGUUACGUUGCCGUUAAAGCUAAAGUGCGUGUAUGCGGCAUAGUACAAUGCUCGAGUGACUCGAUCUUGUCAUGCGGUUCUGUGCAAGAAUCAAAUACAGUUUUUAGCAAUAUUGAAAUAGUGGCAAAGUUCCACAAUUAUAAAAACAAUUUAAUUAUGCCUUCUACAUUAGGUUCAGAUUUACUUCCUCUAAAAGAUUGGACAUUUAAUGAAUACACUCACGACAAUAACAUAAACGUUAACAUGUUCCUAAAUAACGAUACAAAUAAUUUAGUAACGUUUGGAAUAUAUUCGAGAGACUUUAAUACAAACACUGAAACCAGAACAUACUUUUAUAUCAUUGUUUACAUUGUAGCAUUAUUACUGACGUUCUUAUUUAAAUUGCAUUAAUUUGUCUAUUUAUAUAUAUAAUCGACUUUUAUAUGUGUUUAAAUAUAUUAGCUAUAUAUAUUCCUACAAACUUUUAUACGACAUACUUUCCAGAAAUUAUUUUCUAUGUUUGUUUGUUGGCAAAUAUUAUAAUUCAAGAGAACUUUCUUUUCCUAAAUUUUCUUUUUUUCAAUCUAAAGAAAAUUAAAUUAAAAGUUUUUUUAAUUAGCACUUUUUCUUGUCAAUUGGCAACUUAACAUCUAACGUCUAAACAUAUAACAAAUAUUUUUAACAUUAUAUAUAAGUGAAGAGUGUUAUAUUUUUGAUAGAAUUAUGUACAAAUAUUCUAGAAUUCUCUAGUUCUAAUCUUCUAUUCUUAAUGGUUGUGAAGUUAUUAUUAUUAUAAAAAAUUAUUAUUAUAAAUUUACUUUUUAAUUUGCUAUCGUACAUUAUACUAAAACUAAAAUAGUUUUUGUCAGCUUAACUCUCCGUUCAAACUAUUUGAUAUUUUGAUUACAGAAAAAAAUAUAAAGGAAAAAAUAAUUUAUGCAGAUAUCGUGCAUAAUGUAUGAUGCAGUAUUGAUACGUUGGAACUUUCUCUUUAUAAUAAAUGAUAUUAAAGUUUUAACCGCUUGUUUUAACCGCUAAUUUUUAUUUUUGACCGCUUUUAGUCGUUAUGAAUUACAUUUUACAUUACAUACCAUAUUACAAAAAAUAUAAUAAAUAUAAUAAACAAACAGAAAAGUCCGUAAUUCUGCGUAGACCCACGUGAAUUACGUAUCACGUAAAAUCGAUGGAACAUGAAAAUCGUGUUAAUCAUUUUUAUAAUACGGUCUAUUCGCUAAAAAAGUAGAAUAUCAGAUAAUAAUUCAGAAUAUUAUUUUAUAAUAGAAAACCCGCUUAUAAUAUAACAAUAUCAGUUCAUCUAUCAUUUUUCAUUUUUAUGUACUAAUUAGCAGAUUAGCGAAAAUUGACGAAAUAAUGUUUACUUGAAAAUCUAAAUCUCUAUGGUUGAAAAUUGUUCACAUGUCUGCGAAUCUUAUUUUUAAAGAAGCUUAUCUUAUCUUUGGUUUUAUCAUUAUUUGUACACAAAAGUAUUAAAUGAGAAUUCAAAAUUCAACGAAAGAAUUCUGUUAUGAAAAUGUCCAUAGUUUUUAAUUCUGAAGUAAUUUAUAAAGAAAUAAAUAAACAUUUUAAAUAAGAGAAUUUUAAAUAUACGUCUCAAUCGCGGUAUUUAUUUAUACAAACAUAACUAAACUUUAUUCUAAAUAAUAACUUGAAAAUGUGUUCAAUGAUUUUUCAAAUCGCAUAGAAAAUUUUGAUUUUAAGGUAAUAACAUGAAUGCAAUUACCUUCCCAUUUUCACAUAAUUGUACAUGAAUAAUCUAUGGUCUCUUAUGACAACCAAACACUUUAAUUCUUAUAUUUGUAAAUAUUAUACAUUUAUUUCUUAUAAUAGUCUGUCGUACCUUAUCUGAUUUCUUAGACUUUCUCUUUAUAAUUUUAUGUGUCAUGUAUAUGCGCGCACGUGUGUGUGUUUAAAUAUUUUGUACAUGUAUGUAUUCUCGAAAAAUAGUUCUAAAAUCUAAUUUUUUUAAAUGCUUUUUAAGUUGAUUAUUAGUUCAGCAUUAGUAGUGACUAUUAAAACACAAUCUAUAUUACAAUGCAUUUAUAUCAAAUACACAUAUAGUAUAUCAUAAAGAUAUAGACAUACGUGUAUCAUGUGUUCUAAUAAAGUUUCCCCUCUCAAUAUAAAAAAAAAGAGAUAGCUUUAUGCAUAUAAAUUCUCUCUCUCUCUCUCUCUCUCUCUCUCUCUCUCUCUCUCUCUCUCUCUCUCUCUCUCUCUCUCUCUCUCUCUCUCUCUUUCUCUCUGUAGGAAUAUUUCCAAAAGUACUGAAAGCUAGUGUUUGACAUAGGAUUUUUUACAAUAGUUAUUUUUCUAUUCUAGCUAAAAAGACGAUCAAAAUUUAUAGUAAAAAAUUGUGUUGAAUUUGAUUAGCUGCCAAUUUUGUUCAAAUGCAAUAUUUGGAAAAACGAUUACAUUAAACACUACAUCUAUCUACAUAUAUAUUUAUAUCUAUCUAUCUAUAUAUAUUUCAACUUUAUAAAGCUUAUGCUGUUUUAUUUUUUGAUGAGUUCUGUGAAAAUAGCAAUAGUUAUUGUAAACCGUUUUUAAAAACGUGAUUUAUGAAAACUUAAAUAGCAACGUCGUUUUAUAUUAUUUUUUAAUAAAUGUAAAUGUGUCAAAUACGAGCACAACCUCUCUCUUUCCCAUUCCGUUCUUUUUCUUUCCACAAAAAAAAGUUAAGCCUUGUUUUGACUCGUUUCAACAUGAAAAUAAGAAACGUCUGCGCGUUUCCUGUUUAUAAAUGUAUAGGUAAAUUUAUUUUUCCUCUUGCGAAAUUAAUAUUGCGCGUUUACGCUGGUAUAAAGCACAGUAUGUUCGAAGAAAUCCGAUCUAAUCGCCACGGAAUGUCCGAUUGGGAACGCUUCGUGGAAAAAACCGAGUUAGCAUCCGCGCUGACAGGAAAGAAACUUGAAGUUUCUAACGAGCUGUUCAUGUGCACCAGUAGCAUUACGUUUCGCGCGUGAUAAACUUGUCGCGGCUGCAGUGCUGUUACGAUUAUAUAAGUGAAUUUAACACCAGAUAAUUUUAACAACUUUUUUCAACGAAUCCAUCUUUUAACAUCAGCUCUUCCUUCACCAAAUUUCAGCGUGUGUUCUACGAGUAAAAGGAAAGGUUUUAUGCAAAUGCGAGCUCGAGAAUGCUUUAUUAAAUGACACUAACAAAACGUCACUCGAGAGAGAUGCUAUUACGCUAUUGUAUGCUAACUACUUUAUAAUUCUUUGCAGCCAAUUGUUUUCUAAUUAAACCAUCAUGAUAGAAUAAUAACGCGCCAUUCCAAAGUCCAUGAUACUAAAAAAUUAUAUUUUUAAUUAUUGGAAAAACAAUAUUACGCAAAAAUAAUUUGUUACUAAUUAAUGGAAAUUCUUUCGUUCGUAAAUCUCGAAGUCCUAUAUUGACGAUUCACGUUAAUCUUUAUUGGAUUUUCUAAUGUAAUGUACUAUUCAACGUAAUUGUAAAAAGUGAUUAAUUUCAACUGAUAAAAUUAUUUACAAAAUUUCUAAUUCUUCAGUGAGCAAACUAUCCGUAUAUAGCAAUAGAAAAUUUGAUUAAAUAUUGCUUAUAAAUUAACAUUAUUUGUGUUCACAUCUAGAACAUUUAAGCUGUACAAUAUCAACUAAAAGUUAUUGAAAUUUAAACACAGCAGAUUACUUAAAUUAAUCUCCACGCGCAAAAUAAAAUAUAAAUAAAUAAAUAAAAUAGAUCAAUUUGGAUUACAUAAGAAAUUCAACUAUUAUAAAGUAACCGAGUAACGUAUAAAUUUUGUAAAAUAUUUAUUGCAGUUGUAUUAAAUAUGUAACAACUUACUCAACAGAUAAUGUUCUUUAAACAUUUUUUUACUUUACUUUUUAAUUAUACAUUCUACCAUUUAUUUAAAGAAAUAAGAUUUAUGUUUAUUAAAUAUUUAUGUUACAUUAAGUCCAUGGCCAAACCAGCAAAGUUAACUAAAUAAUAAUCAAAAAAA